AUGGUGACCAAGAGCGAAGUCCUGUAUGCCCGUUUCCAAAAAAGGGCGGCCGAGCUUGCGGGAGAACCACCCGAGCCAAAAAAGAAAGCGAAGGUCUCGGCUGCCGUGGUCGCCAAGAAGGGCGCUCCUAGUACCGAGCACUCCGUGGCUGGUCGGGGGGAGGGCCCAGGUUCUAGGGGAGCGAGCUCUGGUGGAGCUACGGUGGCGCUCCCGUGCCCGGCGCCAAUUUCACAAGUUCCUGGCCGGCAGGAAGCCCCGAGCACCGACCAAGGAGGGAUAAGUUCUAUGGCGGAUUUGGCGCUUGUGUGCCCCGCUCCAAUCUUGCGGCAAUCAGAUCGGCCGCCUGUCCGACCUCAGUUCCCCAGUCCCGAGCCGGGGAACAGCCAGGGAGCCACGGGGCCGCCUCCACUGAGGCCAGCAGAGCCUAGUCUACCGGGCUCGUCGGGUCGUCAGGGUCACCAGGAGAGGGUGCCCUAUGCUCCUGGUUGGGCGGUCUUCGAGGGCGAUUCGGCUCUCGAUAAUCCCCAGAUGGCGCGUGAGGUUCUUCGGGUCGCACUGCUCCCGGCCGACCAGGCCAAGAUUCGGUCCAUGAACUACGGCGCUUUCAUGGACUCGGCCCUUUGCUCUGCCAUCCGGAAUUCAAGACUAUCGGGAGCGAGCCCGAAGGCAUCAGCGAGGGCACGACGAGGCCGAGGCGAGGCAUCUGGUGUCCGAGGUCGAGCGACAGGAGCUCCAGACGAGAAUGGGGGCGCCGAGGAUGAGAUUCGGGCUCUGACCGCCGAGCUCGAAGAGGAGAAGGGCGCACAUGUCCUAGCCAGAUCCGAAGUGCGCGCCGCAGAGGUGCGUCUGGCCGAGGCCGAAUCGACGCUCGCUAUCCGCGAGCAGGAGGUGAGAGAGGCUCACCUCAAGGCCCAGGAGCUCAAGGCCCGUUUGCUCGACGCGCAGUCCUUGCUCGUCACUCACGAGCGGGAAAUGAAGAAUCUAGAACGGAAGGCCGGGUAUCACGAAGCUCGGGAGAAGGAGGCUCGGGAGCAGGCCCAAAACGCCGUUAAGUUCUUCCGUGAAUCGGAAGAGUUUCGCGACCUGCUCGAGGAGGAGGGCGUAAAUGGACUCAUCCAGAGCUUCAAGGACUUCCGUAACCAGUUACGGUGGCUCCUCCCCGACUUCGACCUUAAUCUGCUUCAACCGGGAGCGGGGGUCGAAGAAUCAGAAGCAGGUACUCCGGCGGUCGACGAGGCCGCCGAGGAGGGCCCAGCUGGGGCGCCCGAGGCUGCUCCCGAGGUCACUGAGGAUGGUCACGUGGAGACUUCGGCCGCGGAGGAACCAGCCAUCCCCGAAGUUGCCGAAGACAAUGUGGUCGAGCCUUAG